AUGGCUGCAUCACCUUCGCCGGUUAAUUCCGUCGCUGGUGUUGCAAAGAUCAAAAAUUCCGAUCAGGGUAUCACCGGAGGAGGAGGACCAUCCUCCAUAACUUCCGCCGGAGCCGCCACCACGGAGAUUCCGGCCAAGGAUGUGAAAUCCAAAACGAGUGCUGUAAAUUCUUCCACAGCUAAAAGACCCGAUAAUAAUCAAAAUUUGGUCAGAAAUGCAGGACCGGUCGUAGCAUCAUCGACGUUGAAUUCUGCUCAAGAUAUGAAGAAAAACAAUGACGAGAAAUCCAAAAUGAAUACUACAAAUUCUACGGCUUCAGGUAGUAGUAAUGUAUCUGCCAGGAAGCAAGAUGAAAAACCUGAUAAAAAUAUGGGUAGAAACACAGAAUCUGUUGGAGCAUCGUCUUUGAAUUCUGCUCAAAAGGACCAGAAAUCCAAAAUGAAUACUAUAAAUCCCACUGCUUCAGGUAGCAGCAUCAAUUCAUCAGAAAAAUCGGCUGAUGAUGCAAGGAAGAAGAAGCAAGAUGAAAAACCCAAUCAAAAUAUGGCUAGAAACACAGAACCUGUUGCAGGAUCAUCGUUGAAUUCGGUGCAAGAUGUGAAGAAAAUCAACGAACAGAAAUCCCAAAUGAAUCCAACUAAGCAAGAUGAAAAACCCAAUAAAAACAUGGGCAGAAACACAGAAUCUGUUGCAGGGUCGUCAAUGAAUUCUGCUCAAGAUGCGAAGAAAAUCAACGAACAGAAAUCCCAAAUGAACACUUCAUCAGAAAAAUCGGCCCAUGAUGCAAGGAAUAAGAAGCAAGAUGAAAAACCCAAUAAAAACAUGGGGAGAAACACAGAAUCCGUUGUAGGAUCCUCGUUGAAUUUUGCUCAAGAUGCGAAGAAAAUCAAUGACGAGAAAUCCAAAAUGAGUACUUCUACUUCUGGUAGCAUCAAUUCACCAGAAAAAUUGACUGAUAAUGUAAGGAAGAAGAAUCAAGAUGAAAAACCCAAUAAAAACAUGGUCAGAAACACGGAACCCAUUACAGGAUCAUCGAUGAAUUCUGCUCAAGAUGGGAAGAAAAUGAACGACGAGAAAUCCAAAAUGAAUCCUACUGCUUCCGGUAGCAUCAAUUCAUCAGAAAAAUUGACAGAUGAUCUAAGGAAGAAGAGCCAAGAUGAAAAACCCAAUAAAAACAUGGGCAGAAACACAGAAUCCGUUGCAGCAUCAACAUUGAAUUCUGCUCAAGAUACGAAGAAAACGAACGACGAGAAAUCCAAAAUGAAUCCUACUACUUCCGGUAGCAUCAAUUCAUCAGAAAAAACGGCCGAUGAUGUAAGGAAGAAGAACCAAGAUGAAAAACCCAAUCAAAACAUGGUCAGAAACACAGAACCCAUUACAGGAUCGUCGUUGAAUUCUGUCCCAGAUGUGAAGAAAAAGACAGAUGAGAUAUGCAAAAUGAAUAUUAUGAAUCAUAUGGCCGCUGGAAACAUCAUAUCAUCUGAAAAAUCAACCGAUGAUGUGCAGAAGAAGAAACAAGAAGAACCCUCAUCGGUAAAUUCUGUCAAGGAUGUGAAGACUAAGAAUCCUUCGACUGAAAAAACGAUCAAUGAUGUAAGUAAGAAGAAACAAGAUGAAAUACCCAAUAAGAACAUGGUCAGAAACGCGGAACCCAUCAAUGAUAUGAAGCAAACGGAUAACGAGAUAUCAAAAAGGAAUGUUUUAAAUAUCGCCGGAAGCACUGUUGGAAAUGCAGAAUCGGUUGUGACAAAGCCUGUAAAUUCUGUCGAGAUAUCAAAAACAAAUCCGGUAACCAACAAGAACACGGUCGGAAACGCAGAACCCAUUAUAACCUCGUCGGCGAAUUCUACCAAGCAAACGGAUAACGAGAUAUCGAAAAGGAAUAUUGCAAAUAAUGCGGUAAUCGGAAACAUCACAUCACCUGCAAAUCAAGUAGUCGAUGAUGUACGAAAGAAGAACAUGGCUGCAGAUUCACCAAAUAUUGUGAAGAAAAAGAAUGACGAGAUAUCAAAAACCGGAAACAUAACAUCAUCUGAAAAACCCAACAAGAACAUGGCUGGAAACUCAGCAGAUUCACCCAUUGUGUUAUCGCAGAAGAAAAACACUGAAGAGAAAUCCAAAUCUACAAACCCAACAAUUGCUGCCGGAAACAUCGAUAAAUCGACGACGACGAAGAAGAAAGAUGAAAAACCCGACAAAAACAUGGUGAAAAACGCAGAACCCAUAUCGAGAAAGAUUGAGGAGAAAUCACAAACGAAGAAACAAGAUGAAAAACCCAAUAAUAACGCAGCAAUGACAACAAGCCAAGAAACUUCAAUGGGUAGAGGAAAAGAGAAGAAAAACGAUGACACCAGCAGCGCAACACAAGGAAAAAGUUCAAUUAGGGAUUUAGUAAGCAGAAAUAAGGAAGAAAAAGUUUCAGGGAAUUCGUUACAGGAAGUAAAGAAGAAAAACGAUGAUAAAUCUUCAAAUAUGACAACGGCAAUGACGAACGCUGCUGCUGCGGCAGCUUCGGCGACUGUGACAUCGCCGGAGGAUUCAGUGAAGGGUGUCAAGAAAAAGAAGGUACAACAACAAUAA